UAGGACUAUAGUAUAAAUUACCCCAACCACCAAGACAGACGGCAAUUUGAUCUCACAACUACCCAAAUUUGCCUAAAGUAAUUGCUCCAAAUAUUUGCCAAAUUUUGAAAAAUAUUUAAACACACAAGCUCAACUUUGUUUCCCCAUCCACCCAACCCAAACCCUAGAGAGAAAAAAAGGAAGGAAAAAAUCAGCAAAAAAAGAGAGAGAAAAUGCGCCGCCGUUGUUCGCCGUCGUGACCCCGCCGCCGGCGAGGCCUCCCCCGCGUCCAUGGAUCUUUCCGCCGCAAGCGCCCUCGCCGUCCUCAGCAAGCUGCAGCUCCUCGGCUUCUGCGUCGGCCUCCAGAUCCCCGACGACGCCGCCGACCCCUCCGAGGUGUUCGACACCAUCCUCGCCGCGUUCCUGGGCGAGGUCUACCCCGGCGAGCGCGAUGCGCGCCCGCUCCCGGCCGCCCUCGGCAACGGGCGCCGCGUGGACCUCUUCCGCCUCUUCACCGCCGUCCGCGCCGCCGGCGGCUACGCCGUGGUCUCGUCGCCCUCUGCCGGCGUCUGGGCCGCAGCCGCCGGAUCCGCGGCCCUCGCCGCGCCCGUCAAGCUGAUCUAUGCCAAGUACCUCGGCGCGGUGGAGCGCUGGAUCCAGAGGCUCCCGGAGGCGCAACCACCGCCGUCUGACGAGAUGCGGCAGGAGCUGCUCUGCGUCCGCGGUGCCAAUGGAGUUGAGAUGGAGGACUGCAAUGGGAGGGAUCAGCGGCAUGGCGCGCUCAAGAGGAAGAGGGAAGACAUUGCUGGGAUGCUGGAUUGGGUGAGGGGGCUCGCCGAGACUGUCUCGGAGGAGGGCGCCAUCGCUGCCGGGUUGGCGGAUGGAUACUUUCCGGUGGCAUUGGCGGCGCGGGAGGCGGUGUCCAGGAAGAGGGCACGCCGCGCAAGCGUGACCAACGGCGCGCUCUUGCAGGAAAUUGGUUGCAGGUGCUGCAGGAGUACCACCUGUGCCAGAAUUGGUGUUCAAUGCAGCAAAAUUGUUCAACAACCUGGUUCGGAUGCUAAUAAACUAACAAGAGUUGUUGAUGUGAAUGGAUCCUCAACGGUCAUAGAACAGGCGAGCAGUGUGAACGGACAGUUGAAGCAUUCUAAAAGUCAGCAGAGGAACAAACUACUAGUGGGCUCCAAUUAUCAAGCAGUGGUGCCACAGUGGACCGGCGUUCCGCCUGAAAAUUACGGCGAUCCGGAAACCCUCAAAUGGCUGGGCACAAAAAUCUGGCCUCCAGAAAAUGAGAAGAAAAUAACCCCAACCUACCAUGACCGUAUUGGCAAAGGCAGAGAAUAUGUCUGCAGCUGCAACAUCCCGCGAUCAGUAGAAUGUGUCAGGUUUCACAUUGCAGAAAGGCGGCUUCAGCUGAGACGUGAACUCGGCUCUGCUUUCUACCAGUGGGGAUUUGACCGUAUGGGCGAGGAGGUUGCCCUUUCUUGGACGGAUGAAGAGGAGGCAAGUUUCAAGGCUGUAAUGCAGACCUAUGCGCCAUCUCCAGCAAGGAAUUUGUGGAACCAUCUCCAGUCAUCCUUCCGCUGGAAGCCGAGGAAAGAACUUGUGAGCUAUUAUUUUAAUUGUUUUCUGCUUAGGCGGAGGUGUUACCAGAAUAGGACCGCACCAAAGAAGAUAGAUAGUGAUGAUGAGGAAGAGACAGAGUUUAGGUUUUUGGGAAACCGUAUGGGACAAAGUGCAACCAAGUAUGACAGCACCAAGCGCACCGUUUGCAUCCAAAGUACUCACUGCAUGGAUCUGGAUGAUGAGUAGUUGCUGAUUGAUUACAUUCUAGGAGGCUGGUUGAAGUCUGUUAAGGAGUUUGGAUUUAUAAAUGGUCCCCAUUCAUUGAUUUGGUUGACAUUGCACAUGAGUUGCUGUGAGCAAAGAGUUAGACCAUUUUGCUUACUGUCUUGUCUUCAGAGCCGUGCCAGCAAUCGAAGUUUUGACAUGGACUUGUAUCCCAGAAGUAAAAAAAAAAAUGCACUGGUAUUUAUUUUUGAAACAGAGAACUGCAGGGGAGGCCCCAACAGUAAACUUGAUUUGUACAAGUGAGGGAUGAGGAGGAUAUAUAGAGGCAGAGCUGAUCCAAGCCAGUUGCCAUCUUUGGGGCUGAGAGGAUUAAUAUGUUGUAUACAUUGUGGAAUAGUAUGUUGUUAUCGGAGAGAACCUGAGUGAGUGGUAUCAUCAUGUAUACCUGUAUCCUCUGUGGAUUGACAUGUACAUUGACCAGUAGGUAAAAGUAUAACUGACAGUAGCCCGUUCCGGUCGUAUUUCUCUCUCUAGAUAUGGAGUGAUGACAUAGGAAUGGUAUGUUGAGGUUAGUGUUGUGAAACUAAUGUUGCAGUUGUUGUUUGUUGUAGACUGAGCAUGUCUGUUUUAUUUAUUUGGGGUUUCGGCAUCUGAAUAAGAACAUGUCUGUUUUAGUC